CAGUUCCACCUCUGGAGUGGGGACCCUGAGUGGUGUGGGAGCAGAGGAGAGACCCAAGUGGGAGCAGCUGCGGCGAGUCGCCCCCAAGCUGAAGGAUGCUCGAAGAGCCCACGUCGGCUGCCCGAGAGCCAGAGCAGCUUGGAACAGUCAAGCUGGAGGAAGAGGAGACUGCCGGUCAGGAGGGCCCCCGGCAUGCAGAGGCCAGGCCCCGGCCAGAGGUGGCUCACCAGCUGUUCAGAUGCUUCCAGUAUCAGGAGGACAUGGGGCCACGGGCGGCCCUGAGCCGGCUUCGGGAGCUCUGCUGCCGCUGGCUGCGGCCAGAGCUGCGUACCAAGGAGCAGAUCCUGGAGCUGCUGGUGCUGGAGCAGUUCCUGAGCGCGCUGCCCCCCCACCUCCUGGCUCGGCUGCAGGGCCAGCAGCUCAGGGAUGGCGAGGAGGUGGUGCUGCUGCUGGAGGGCGUCCAGAGGGAGUCCAGCACCGUGGGGCCCCUGGAUUUUAGUUUUAAUACUGGCAAGAAUUGUCCCCGGGCAGACAUCACUUUGGAGGAACAGGGGGGCUCUUCCCAGGUCUCUAGUCACAGCCCCAAAAAGGAAGUGUCCUCAGAAGGACCCCCAGCCCUGGAGGCAGCGAAGGAACCUCUGCCAUCCCAGCCAGGACCUUCCAAACCCGCUGAGCUGGAGACCUGGAGACAUCCCCCAAGUACAAAGCAGUCGCUGAGCCCAGGUCCCAAGAGGACAUUCCAGGUCCUACAAGAGACUGUCCCCCUAGGCCCUGUGCUAUGGCUGGAGGAAAACUCCCGAGAUCAGGAGCUGGCAGCUGUGCUGGAGUCCCUGACAUUUGAAGAUGUCCCAGCAAAGAAGAUUUGGCCCGCACACCCACUGGGACUUGAAAACAGAACCCCAGAUGAGGAGUUCAAAGAGGAGCCCAGAGGGGUGGCCUGGCCUGAUGCAAACUCAGCAGAGUCUGGGGCAGAGGCUCCUGGGGUGGCAGAAGAGCCCGACCCUCCCCGGCUGGGGCCGGGCCCUGAAGCGAGUGGCUCCGGUGAAGGAGGGUCCCCUCCGGGCAGGAGUGACAUUCUGGAGGUCAAAGUAGUCGGGGACGCGGCCAGGUCGGAGCCGGGGAUGGAAUUUAUCUGCACAGACUGUGGUUUGAGCUUCCGAGAGCUCGCCUGCCUGGAGGCGCACCAGGGGCGCGCCCACCCGGGCACCCGGUGCUUCCCGUGCCAGUGCUGCGGGAAGAGCUUCGGCCGGAGCUCCAUUCUCAAGCUGCACAUGCGCACGCACACAGACGAGCGGCCCCAUGCCUGCCACCUCUGCGGCCACCGCUUCCGCCAGAGCUCCCAUCUGAACAAACACCUUCAGACUCACUCCUCCGAGCCCGCCUUUCUGUGUGCCGAGUGCGGUCAGGGCUUCCAGCGCCGCGCCAACCUCAUGCAGCACCUGCUGGCGCAUGCCCAGGACCAGAAGGCCUCCUGCGUCCCUGAGACCAAGAGCGAAGCGCGCGAGCUGGCCGUGGUCUUGUGCUCUCACUGUGGCCAAACCUUCCAGCGCCGCUCCAGUCUCAAGCGACACCUGCGGAUCCAUGCCAAGGACAAGGGACACCAGUGCUCUGAGUGCUCGGGCAGCCUGCGCCCAGGCCCGGAGCGCAGGCCUUACGUGUGCAGCGACUGCGGCAAGGCAUUCCGGCGCAGCGAGCACCUAGGGGCCCACCGGCGCGUGCACACGGGGGAGCGACCCUUCUCUUGCCAGGUGUGCGGCCGCAGCUUCAGCCAGAGCUCCCAGCUGGUCUGCCACCAGCGUGUGCACACGGGCGAGAAGCCCUACAGCUGCCCGCACUGCGGCAAGCGCUUCGUGCGUCGGGCGGGUCUCGCCCGCCACCUCCUGACCCAUGGCGGCCCGAGGCCUCACCACUGCACCCAGUGCGGCAAGACCUUCAGCCAGACCCAGGACCUCGCCCGCCACCGGCGCAGCCACACGGGCGAGAAGCCCUGCCGCUGCAGCGAGUGCGGCGAGGGCUUCAGCCAGAGCGCGCACCUGGCGCGCCACCAGCGCAUCCACACUGGGGAGAAGCCCCACGCCUGCGACACCUGCGGCUACCGCUUCCGCAACAGCUCCAACCUGGCCCGCCACCGCCGCAGCCACACCGGCGAGCGGCCCUAUAGCUGCCCGACCUGCGGCCGCAGCUUCCGGCGGAACGCGCACCUGCAGCGGCACCUGGCCACCCACGCGGGGGCCGGGAACGAGGCGGCGGCCCGGCAGGCCGAGCCCCCCCAGGAGUGCCGGGAGUGCGGCAAGAGCUUCAGCCGCAGCUGUAACCUGCUACGCCACAUGCUGGUGCACACCGGGGCCAGGCCCUAUUCGUGCGCACAGUGUGGCCGCAGCUUCAGCCGCAACUCCCACCUGCUGCGCCACCUGAGAACCCACGCGCGUGAGACCCUGUACUAGCGGCUCCAGGUUCCACCAGGCCAGCCCUGCGCGCCUCUCCCCAGGGUCCUGGGCAACCAAGGCCGGCGGAGGAUGUCCAGAUCCCCCACUCCACCGGCCUCCCUCUGGCUCCGCCAACCCUGUGUGUUAGUAACCCCGCUUCGCGCCCCCACCCCACCCCCGCUGGCAUCUCUCCGUGGCCUCAGGCGUGUAUUUCAAAGUACCUAAAGGAAAACAGCCUUCUUGAAAAUGACUUCAUUUUUUUUUUGAGAUCCAUCAAAACACUUCUGUCACCCUCACCACUGUGACAGGAAUGCCUUUUCCCCUUCCCUACCCCAACUCCUUCCACAGUACCCUAGACAGGAGCAGCCCCAGAGAGAGCCCCGCCCAGACACACAUACACCCGGGAAAGGCCCAGAAUUGGGCCAGGGUGGCAGAGGGGCACCAGCUGUGGGAGUCAGCUGUGAGUAAGGCCACGGAAUGCCACCCUGGAAUGUUAACUUUUCUGGUGUCUGCCCCUAAUCUGUGCUGUCCAAUACAGU